GUUGGAGGGAGUGGCAAAUGUCCAGUGCCAGCUGCGACUUACCCUCUUUGAUACCACAUAUUCCCAUUUUUUUGGCAGAACCUGGAAGAGUUCUCCACAGCCCAUAAUGCACACCCGUGGCCAGCCAACCAAAGUGUUCUUCAAUCAGGCUGUUUACUUUCACACCUCCCUAAACUGUACCCACAUUGCGAUCGUUGUGGAAAUAGUCGCAAUUGCGAAGAAGCGUGUAGAUAAUGAACAAGUCCUGUCAUGUGGGUUUGGAAUUCUGCACUUGUGCAGCACACAGAAAUUUACACCAGAUACUGCUAAAGGUCAAAAUAUUAAAAGAUUGAGUCUCUAUCAUGGUACUCCAAGAGCUUUGCUGCAUCCAAAGUUACAGGAUCCCAUUGAGAAGAAUAAGUUUAUGACAUUGAUUGAAGGAAGCACUCUUUUUUACUCAUUUUCAUCUCAUCCUCCGCUCAUGGAAGCUAGUCACCUCAUCCCAGAAAACAUGUUGAUCGCUGGGUCAGAAACAGUUCCUGGGCUGGUUGUGCCUUCUAAACAGACAAGCAAUGUUUUGAAGAAACCCAGUUUAAUGAAGACUGUAACUUGCAACUUGGACAAGCUGUCCCUUCAACUUUACCCAACACUGGAGAAAUUUGAAGAGGAGCUGGUGGAAUUGCUUAAUGCAGACCGACUGCUUAAGAAUAAUCAAGUUUCUGAUGGAAGCAUGGUUGUCAUUCAAGAGCGAAGGCUGCAUGUUUGUGUUCACAAUGGCUGGUGCUACAUUCAGAAGCCGCAGGUAGUAGUUUUAAUACCUGGGACGGUGCAAGGAAAAUCCAGGAUCCUCUCCAAAAGUUCGCAAAAAACGUCCCUGAUCCUUAGGAGUCGUAUCCAGCUCACAGAAAUGGUAAAACUGCCAAUGUUUGCUAUAGUUUUCCACCUGGAAUAUGUGUUCUCCAACUCCACAGGAGCAGAUAGGAAGUUAUCCUCUUCUACCUCUUCAUUGGACAAUGCGGCAUACAUGCAAACAUUGCGUUGGGCUGCUUGGAAUCCAUUCUUGGGAUCUAAUGCUUCUGAUGUAACGAUAUCACUUCAUGGUGGACCUUCACCCAACCCAAGUAAUUUGCUGGUUUAUAAAACACCUUCCACUGACAUGAGCUCGGAAGAGGUAAAGCAGGUGGAAUCAGGCACCAUCAGCUUCCAUUUCUCAUGCCGUUUGGAUAAGCAUGCAGACAACAGUGCUGAGCUGAGCGUUCCUACAAAAUCAAGCCAAGCGCUUGGAUUCCAAAAUUCUUCAUUCCGCGGAAAAACCUCUGAUGCUUCGAAAUAUCCACCUGAACAAAUGUUAUCCCGUUUGCAACAAUCAUCUUCUCAGUAUUUAACUACAAGCCUUCCUACGAACAGAACGUUGCUGAGGCAGUUUAGUGGUCACCGUACACCCUCAAAAAUGACUUCAAUCCACCAGUUAUCCCGUUCCAAUCAGUCUUUAUCUCGGUACUCAACUACAAGUCUUCCUAUGAACAGAACAUUGCUGAGGCAGUUUAGUGGUCACCGUACAUCUUCAAAAAUUACUUCAAUCUACCAGGAACCUAGAGGCAGCAUCGAUCAUACGCCAUUUGAUGCACCAGAGUCCCAUGCUGCUGAACAGCUGCAAGAAUUGCCUUUCACCCCAAUGCAGGCACCAAUCCUAACCUUGAUAACUGAGUCUGAACGAGCUACCACUGUGACUUCAAGAGCAGCUUUAGCGCAGUUGCAUGCUGUUGGCUUUCCCGAGAUUCUAGAUGAUAACAAUGAGCUGGCAACUGUGAUUGACCCUGACGACCUUUCAAACUUUAAUCUGCAGCAGGAAAAAGCAGACCAUCUUCAGAGCAAUGAGAUAAUUCUGCAAUUUCUGGCUUUCAGCAGAGAACCUGAGGGUAGUAGUCAGCCAGGAUCAAUCUACUUCACCUUCCAGUUUUAUCGCUUUCCACCGGUAACGACACAGCAGCUGCAUCUUGUGAAGCCGCACAACUCACAAAAGAGAACCUUGAAGUCUACACCUUUCAUUCUUGUACCACUAAACAAAAAUGGUACUGGUAAUUUAGAUUCUCCAGGGCUGGAACUGAAAUUCUUGGUGGAGCCGGGUUAUAUGAAAGAAGGAGAACAGCGCUGGUUUAGGCAAUACCUGGCCACACAGACAUUGCAGAUUGAUGUCUGGGAUGCAGAAUCCUUACUUCUGAUUGGCACAGCAGCUGUGGAACUGAAGUAUUUGUUACGCCAAGGUCGUCCUGCAGUCCAAGUUUCUCAUGAGCUGCCAGUCAUAACCACAGAAUACACGCCGGAUGUACCAAUGACUUUAGCUGAUAUCACCAAGCAUGGCACUGUUAAACCAUAUGGAAUGACAACAAUAACAAAAGGAAGACUACAUAUGCGCCUGGGAAAUGUUGGUCACCAGCCUAAGCGGACAGCAAAGAUUCCGACGCUCGUUCCUGAGUCAAGAAUCAUCUCCUCACAGGACAGAUCCAGUGGGUUUUCCGGGGGGAGCCUGUCUUCAAUAAGUUCAAAGAAACUCAGUGCUCUUAACAUGUACAGAGCACAGCGAAUGGUAGACUUGGACAGCGAGCUGGCUUCUGUCCUUUUCUCCAGAGCACGAAUUGACAGUUUUGGACAACAAGAUCUGGAUAGUGAUGCGGAUAUUGUUCGGAAAAGGAAGCUGCAGAGGAUGAUGGCUGUUCGACAGCUGGAAUCCGGUGUCGAUCUUAAAUCAAAAACCCACACUCUGACAAAACGCGAGGAACAAAUCCACCAUGAGAGAGACUUGCAGAUCAUCGAGGCAUACCGGGAGCGGAUUAAAGCGGAAAGUAUCAGCAGGAUGUUAUCCCAGGCCAUCACCACACAGCACACCUUGUACGCCACACUUGGACAUGCUGAAUUUUUCGAGUUUUCUCUGAAAAAUCCCUACAGUGUUCAACACACAAUAACCAUUGAAUGUGAACAUCCAGAACUCAGUGUCAUUGUGAACAGCAGAGAAUGGAAGCACUUCAAGAACCUCACUAAAACACUGACACCACUGGAAGAGGACAUGUUCCAUGUUGAAGGAGGAGUGCAGUUUCCUCAGAUCUACCUGCGGCCAAAGGAGACUGUCUACAUCCCAUUUAAAUUCCAGACCUUCAGUGCUGAUCACUCCAUUGCUCCACAGGGUCCAGCAAAGGGGAAACUUGCAAAAAAGAACAUCAUUAAUCAACAGGAUCCUAACUCCACAACCAAGAAAAUUGAAGUGAUUUUUAAAAUUGAAAAUCAGAAGCCAAUUGCCAUCCUUCAGGUGAAUGUUGAAGCUCAGCCCUAUGUUAUUGAUCAGACAUUUCGCUUUUAUCACCCUGAAAUGACAUUCCUGAAGAAAUCAAUCCGCCUACCUCCAUUGCACGCUCUGUCAGGCCUGACAGUACAGUCACUGAAUGCUGAGCUUCAGAUCAACGUUCGCUGCAGUGAUUUCAACAUCAUUUGUGAGACAAAAAAAAUGGCCCUCAAUGAGCCUCAGGAUGUUUUCCUGAAAGUGGCAUGUGGCCCCUGCCCAGAGGUUAAGAAGUUCUUUGUCAUUGUUUACAUGGACCCCUGGCUGGCAGUGCCCAUCCAGAUAUGGCAAUUCUACAUACACUCCCUGCAAAAGAUCGAUGUGAGCUGUGUGGUCGGGGAACUUACUCAACUCUCACUGGUUCUGCGUGGGACACAAACUGUCAGGAAAGUCGCUGCUUAUAGCUCAAGUCCUGAAGAGUUACAGCCUACACCAUCCGAUGUCUUCCUACUUCCACCUCAUGAAGUCAAGGACCUGCACAUUAGUGUGCGUCCUCAGAAAGAAGGAGAUCGCUGUCUCUACCUGAAUGUAGUGGAUGUAGAUUUUCGCCAGCUGGUGGCAUCUUGGCUGAUCUGCUUAAGUUGUAAGCAGCCUACCAUCUCUAAGGCUUUCGAGAUCUCUAUUCCUGUCGGGGAAAGGAGAGGUAGCACCAAACGCAUCAGCUACACCAAUCCGUACCCGAACAAACGGAUGUUUUCCCUGCGGACCAACCGGCCGGAUUUACUCCAAUACAAAGAAGACUCUUUCGAGCUUGAAGGUGGUGAGACUUACCAUAUCGGCCUGCGGUUUGCACCAGGCCAGAAUCCUGGCGUGGAAGAAAUCCUGAUUUUAAUUAACGACCAGGCUGAGAAGAAUGAAGCAACUUAUUGCGUGCAAAUCACUUACCAAUAAAAUGUAUACUGAGUGCCUGAUACACUGGCAUCUUUGAAGUGAGUGCAUUUUGAAAGAGAUGUGGAUCCCAUACCGAACCACCACAGGCUUGCUGGAAGAGAAGAAAGUGUUGAAGCCUGGUGAAUGUAUGCCAGAGUGUUAAUAAAACAGCUCUUGGAUAAGACAUGACUGCUACUCAGGAAAAGGUGUAAGUUUCACUUUCAACCCCCAUAUUUGUAACUACUACCUCCCUGACUUGUGCUUUGCUUUGGUUUGGAUAGGCUGAUUCGUAUUAUAUCAUGCACUGCGUUCACAAUUAAUUUUCAAAAUAUUUCUCUCCCAAGAUCUUAAAAUAUUGCCACCCCUUUGGCGAUCUUAGUGGUUGAUAGUUUAGUAGUUCCAAACGUUAUCCUUCUCUAAGAACGCUUGCUAUUCCUUUCGUCUCAUUGGCAAUCUACCACCCACAUCAUUCCACCAGCAUUAAAUGCAUUAUCAAUGUUUGUAUUACCUCAAGAUUCUCCUCCUGGCCCCAAGCUCCAUAUUAAACUAACUCCAAUUCACCUACAAAUGCAUUCAGAAUCUCUUGUCUUGCUGUCAGUCCUGUGGCUCAUUAGCGGUCCUCAUUAACUUACAAUGACUGUCAGAUUCCAGCACAUAAUCCUUGAAAUCUUCGGCCUCAUUUACAAUCCCUCCCUGGCCUCACUUCACCUGAUCUGUACAGCUUGGUGUCUUAGCGUGGCAUCCAGUGCCUUUCAGCUGUGACCCUUGUGUAACAUCUGUUGUGACAUUUGACAGUGGAGCCAGCUCCUGUAUCAAUGCAGUUCUGAGGUUCCAUCCCAAAAUCCCUUGCUUAACACCUUCUGUUCUUAUUUUAAAACUCCUCUUCAGAAACAUGGUAUCCUUAACUUUUCAAAUCAUUGUUUGUUCUUCACUCUGCAACAUGAAUCAUCUCAUCCUGUUUUAUCAUGUUAGAGUCGUAAAUGCAAGCUAUCGUCACUUGUCAAUGAUUUAUUUGUACAAAGAGCAGAGAAUUCUUGGCUGGAAAGACCCUUAAUAACAACUCUUCACUAUAGAGUCCUAGAGCUCUACUGCACAGAAAAAUGCCCUUCAGCACUUCAAAUAUGUACUUGUCAAAAACAAGCGCUUAACUAUUCUAAUCCCAUUUCCCAGCAUCUGGCCCACAGUCUUGUGAACGUUGGCAUUGCAAGUGCCUUUCUAAAUAGUUCUUAACAGUUAUGAGGGUUUCUGCCUCUACCACCCUUACAGGCAGUGAGUUCCAGAUUUCCACCACCCUCUGUGUGGGGGGAAAAAAAUCCUUACAUCCACUCUAAACCUCCUGCCCUUUGUCUUAAAUCUAUGCCCCCAGUCAUUGAUUCCUGUACCAGGAGGGUAAGUUCAUUCCUGUCUCCUGUUCCAUGCCCCCUCUGUAAUUUUAUACUCCUCAAUUAUGUUCCGCUUCAGCCUUCUCUGCACCAAGAUAAACAACCCCACUCUGUGCAACGUCUCUUCAUACUAAAAACUCUUCAGCCCAGGCAACAUCCUGGUAAAUCUGCCCUGUGGUUCUGGCCAGUACCCUUCACAUUCCCAAAACACAAGCAUACAACUUUCCUGCUGGUGCUCUCAUCUCUGUGGUUGACAUUUUUCAUUUAAUUGGGAGCUGACCUUAUUCCCUCGCGUCAAAGUAAGGUACAUGUUCAUAUUAUAUUUUGAUAGUCUGUCUGGAUUCUAACAUCACAUAAAUCAGCAGUCAGUGUGUUAAUCUUCGUUUAUCUCAUUUGACUUCUUGAGAGUAAUAGCACAGGAAAGAAAUGUUAAGAGCAGCCAUUUGAUGGGUGCAGCUUUAGCCAGUGUUGAUAGAGAAAAAGGGAAGCUUAUUUCAGACUGUAGAAAGCAGACCUCGGCCAGUCAAGGUUUCUGCUGGUAAAACAAGUAGCUGAGAAGUCUGGAAUCCCCUAAUGGAGCAUUAUGUGUGGCCAUUGACCUGAUGUACGAGGACUACUGAUAGCUUCACUCUGCACGGCUGGGGAGGUCUGUAGCCUUACAGGAACAUCCAGACUAACAGGCAAUGACUGUACUAACAGUUGACAUCCAGACCUACAGAUAUUAUCCAAGCUUGCAGUCAGUUGAUCAGGUAUCUGUUUGGAAGCACAUAAAGGCACAAUGUUAAUGACAUUUUAUUUCAUACUGAGAAAAGCAAUCAUGACCCCAAGCAUUUAUUUUUAACCUUUUGCCAAUCUGAGUUUUCUAGGAUGAAGAGUCACCUCGUAGUAACACACUGCUGCUAGAAAUACAGCAAAGGAAGCCCAGUGCAUUUACUGUUUGGAUAAGUUAAUCCCUCUUGUAAUGAAUAAAUAGUACAAAAUAUAUUUUUAAAUAGAGAAUAUGCUGAUUCACUACAAACUGGGUGUGUACAGUUUUUUUUCAGUAUUAUUUGUAUGCACUAUUUAUUUUAUAUUUGUUACAAUGCUUUAUGGAAAUCUGUAUAAUCUUUUAAAGAAUAAAUUCAGUUUUGUCAAA